CAUAUUGAAUUCAACUGCUGAGGCGGUUGGACGUGUGUUGUGUGGGGUUCCGCGUAGUGACAGCCAAACAACGAUUAAAUAACUUUCAGAAACUUUGUGUUUGUUCGUGUGUUAAUUUUUCUAAGUUAUCGAAUUAAACAAUACAGUGGCUCUAUUCAUAUAUCAAUUCAUAAUACAUUUAAGUUAUUUGAAAACCGAUCGAGUGAGUUGAAAUGCAUGCAUUCCAGCGAGACUGUUGAACUUUAUUUUUUUACUUACGGUGUACAUUUUGAUUUUUAUCAGGUAAAAUUCAAUUUGUAGUCAUGUGAAUUUAUGGAUUUAUGAUUUUAUUUAUAAAUAAUUGAUGUGUGUGAUUUACAAAACAGUAGACUGUGUUAUCUGAGUUCGCAUUAUCAUUGACGAGGAUUGCCGAAACUUUCAAGGCUAAAAUUAAUCGAAAAACAACACUAACCAUCCGCCCUCAUAGACGCUUAGGCUGUCACUAACGCCCCCUGGUGGGAUAUUCUGGCAUCUGUGUGAUGUGCCGGCACCAUCACAUGGCAGUGUAUGUGGAAGUCACCUGAGACGCGAAGGCACAAAGUAUGAAGUUCUCAACGGGAUCCAGUUCAAGUAGCUUGGCGAGCGACUCGCUGUCGAGGAAGUCCACUCUGUGCAUAUACACGGAGGUGGACGUGCCAGCGGUGAUGCCGACUUGCGAAAGGAUGGAUAGCAGCUCAGAGGCGAUGGAGCUCCGGCGCGAGUUAGAUGCUGUGAGGAACGCUCUGCAGCAGCAGUCAGAGUCAGUGCUCAAACAGCGGCAUCAGCUCGUCGAAGCCAAUCAAGCCCUCGCGGCUCGGGGCAAAGAGACAGCGCAAGAAAGGAAGCUCAGAAAAGACCAGCUGGCCUUAGUACUACGUUCACUAGUUUUAUUGGAGUCCCGCCUCACCAGAGAACAGAAACAAAUCCACGUCGCGUUGCAACAAAAAGAGAAAAUCAUAAAAUCACAGCAAGAAGAAAUAGCAAAGCUCAAAGCCAGGAAGUCGUACUGCAGUAAUUGCCAACAACUCCUCGGUUUCACGAGUGAACAAACUAACAUUGAGACUGAUCCGGAAUUCCAGAGUUUAGAGAGCACUGAUUCGAGGUUCCAGAACACUUUUGUAAGGAGCUGCAGUUAUCGUGAAAGAAAUUCGCCACCGGUUUUCCAAAAAAAUACUAGGUUAAGUAAGAGCUUCCAGUUGCCGAAGUCUGACGUAGUGUACGGUAAUACUAGUUCCAGUGAGGAAGGUAACAAUGCAAGCCUUAGCAGCAAGGGAACUUUUAUUAAGAAUAAACAAGCUUUUGUAAGGAGAGAUGUGUUCAGACGGUCCAGAAAAUAUUCCGGAAGAAAGAAUAAUAAGUACGCUGAUAAUCUUCAAAAAUGUUACAACAACCAGGUUAAUAAUAGCAGCAGUGCAGAAGAAUGUCUAAGCAUGAGCUACCAAGUAAACCAAGAUGACAAUGAUAUUACGGCAAGCCAAAUAGCGAAUGACAUAAGAAGAGCAUCGUUAAAAAUCGAUCAACUCAUCGGCGAAGCUGCUAAAAAACAACUCGAGAAUAAUACCAGUGACUCCGAAAAAACCUAUUCGACCAAAAUGGAAAGGAUACAUGGUAUAAAAAGACAGGGUUCUGAUGAAAUAAAGGCGAACAGGCAAUUGUUCUUGAACAAUGUUCUUAAUGAUGAGAAGACCGAAAAGCCGUGGUACUGUAACGUCAGUGAUCAGGAACAAGAAACUGACUGUCUGGAGCAAAGCUUGUCUCUGAGCAAUAAAUCAAAGUCGGCCGACGACCUCUUAACUGUUGGCUAUAAUGAUAGGUUACAACCUAUUGCUGAUGUAGUGUCAGCUAAGAACGAAAUUUUAUGCAAUAGUAUGUUGAAACACACUAACAACGAGAUGUUUGGUACUGGAUAUGAUGAUAAAAACAAUAACAUAGAGUCAAGUUUGAACAAGCAAGCAGCAACUGCAGAAAUUAAUGAGAAUUGGUACGCCAGCACAAGUGACGCCGAUGAAUGCCCCACAAAUGAAAUAUACAAGAAUAAUCCAGUAUUGGAAUGUGUCAAUCAAAUAUUAUUACAAAAUUCGUUAGAUGAUAGCAGCAACGAUAAUUCUAAGUCAAGCGAAACGCCUAGCCCUAAGGCUACAACAAAACGCGUUCAAUUCUCAACAUUGAACAGUAUUUCAUAUGAUGAUAAACUGAGACCAAACAAUACUCAAUCAUUACCACGACCUGAUAAAAGACUUAAUAAAAUCGUGAAGUUCAGUUUAGAAACUGCUUCUGAACAUUCCUACGAAGUACCAAAUACUGCACAAGGGUUUCAAUAUGAAGUGCAAAGCAUUUACAGUAAUGAAUACGAGCCUAUUGUUACGAAAUCGACUGAAACUAAACCUGUGCCACUACCGCGCUCAGUUAACUCUAGUGAGAAAUCUAAUGUACCGAAAAUCAGGGGCUCUAUUGUGAAAAACAUCGCUGCCACCAUAGAAAGUCGUCAUAAUAAUAGUAUGUUAGAAAAGAAUGUUGAUAGUGAUUCCGCCACAAUGAAAAUUUUCAAUAAGAGAAAAGUGCCACGAACUCCUCCUGCACUGCCGCCUAAACCAAAGAAUCUUUCAGCUAAAUGGAAGGCUGAAAAUGCCGUCAAGUCGACGACAGAACCGUUAGACUCUGAAGCCGUUGCGGCUAUUCAACGGGUUGCAGACGUUAAGAUGAGAAAAGUGGGACAAGUGGCAACUGUUAACAAUGUAGAACCGGACUACUGCUCCAUUUCAGAGAUAAAUGUUCCAGUAGUCAGCACUUGUAAAAGAGAGUUGCUGCUCACACAGCCAACGGUGGAGAUUCACAAUGAACAGUACCCGAUGCAUGCGAUAGGUCAGAGAAACAGUGUGGCUAAAGUGGUAUCUUUGCCAAGGAUCCAAAACAAGAUCAGCGAUAAAGAUAUACCUAAACUCCCACAAGUCACUGAGAUCAUCAUUCCAGAUGAGGACGAUAAGCCGAAUGAAGAUCAAAAUAUUUCAUUCCAUAAAACCACAGACAGUUACCUAAAUAAUUUCACCAUGCACCCACUGCAACCGAAAUUGGACCCUCGCGCUUCAAUUCAAAUGGGAAAUACAGUGUCUUCUAUUUUGUCUGAGAUUAAUAAAGGCGGAAAGAUAGGCGGAAAGCAGAUUAAUUUAACUGAAUUAGACCACCAGUUUAACCGUGGAGCUGACAAGAUUCAACCUAAUGCGGAGAUACAUAAGGCUGAAUAUUUUGAAGAUAUCGAUAAGUUUGAUUUGUCUCAGAAUUUUGAAGAAUUUAAAAUAGAUGACGAACUCGGCAGUAUUGUUGCUGAGGAAUAUCGUAUAAGCUCUGGUAGCAGCGAUGGUUCUAUGUCUGAUGUUAUUACUGAGCAAGUUACUAGUGUAACCGACAAGGAAAAACAGCACAAUAUUAAAAAUAAUGGCGAAAUCAAAGAUAUCACCCUUGAUAACCAAGAUACAUCAUCGAACAAAGGCUCUUCAAAGAACGCUAAGCUUUCAAACAAACCUGAUCUCCUUUCGAAUAUAGAAAAUUUAGAGACUGAAUCGGUGAGAAAUUCGGAUAUUGAGUCGAGCAACUCGUCUGGCAGCAACAGUGGAUCCUACAAUACUGUCAAAUGCGAACCUAGAAUGGUUUUAAAUAAUCAAGAGAAAACUGCUCCUAAAAUGAAAGGCUCAUUUGACUUCUUUUUGGAGACCUCUGGCCUUAGUUCGAAGUCCAUUUUCACACCCAGCAAGAACUAUCUUAUGAGACCACCGAGCGCAAACCACAAAAACGUCUUGAAGCCAAAAGACGUUAAGAUGAGAGUCAAAAAUUCUUUAACAACGAACAAACUCAACGAAAAACCUAUGACGACUGCUAUUAAAUACUUUGAACCUUAUGUUUAAGUCAUGUGUAUUGCAUAAUGUUUUUGAAUGAAAUGUUAAAAU